ACAGCGUUCACGCGACAUCACCUACAAAUGUCACUGAGCUGAAGCAGUUAGUUCUGCAAGCAGGAGUGAGCCAAAAUUCCUCCAUAGAAAUAACUACAGGAAACAUUUGGUUGCAGUUAUUGCUGCUAAUGGGGGUGCAACCAGAUACUGGUUACAGCUCCAUUAGCAGCAUUAACUACAAAUAGCGCUGAAUGUUUUAUAUCCAUCUCUAAUGAAUGCAUGAAAGAUUUAACUUUAUUGUGGUGUUAUGAAGAUUCAUGGAAAUGUUUCGGUUGAAGUACCUCUGAUAUUCAGAGUAACACUGAAAAUCAGGAGGGUGCAAAAACGUUUUCCACACCACUGUUCUUGCCAGUUCUAUGUUUAUUUAUCCUGCCUUUUAAUUAUUCUUAUGAGGUGGCAUACAUUAUCUUCUCCAAAGAAAAUCUUGACAUGUUUCCUCUUACGUCAGUGCCGGGUUCAAAUCGCUUUCCAGGAGCUUGAUGUUACAUAAUAUACAGAAAGAAUGUUUAGGCAUUCAUCAGUAGAUAUCAUGUGUCGGCCAAGACCUUGCUCAGUGAUGUACAGUAUUUUCUGAGCAAAUACUGCAGCCAAUCAGAAGACAGAUCUCCCAAGGGUAAUCUAAGUGGGAGGGAGGGCAUAGUAUCCCCUUGUGACCCAACUGGGCAAUGAAGGGCUCAAAGGAGCAAUGGCCUCAAAGCAGUCACAUCUCGCAGAAGACCUGUCAUGCCCCAUCUGUGGAAAUAUCCUACAAAAGCCCGUAGUGCUGUUUUGCAGACAUCGCUUCUGUAAACUCUGUCUGGAGAGCCUGUGGAAUGGUGGAGGAUCUUGCGAAUGCCCCCUUUGCUUUCAGCCAUCAUCUAUGGGGGAGCUCAUAGUCAACACCACACUUGAAAAUACUUGCGAGGGCUUUCUGGAGCACUGCAAAAAUGACCCUCUUGCGUGCAAGGAGCAUGGCGGGACCUUGACGCUCUUUUGUUUGGAGGACCUGGAACCCACUUGUAGCACAUGCAAAUCAUCUGCCAACCACAAGAGUCACAGGUUAUAUCCCUUAAAUGAAGCUUCACAUGACUGCAAGGAGGAACUCAAAAAUGCUUUGAAACCACUUCAGCAUAAACUGAAGCUCUUCCAAAAAGCAAAACUCACUUGUGAGCAAGCAAUAGACCAUAUUAAGAGUCAGGCAGAGAACACAGAGAGGCAGAUACGAGAGGAGUUUGAGGCACUGCACCAGUUCCUGAGACACGAGGAGGCGUCCAGGCUUUCGGUGCUAAAGCAGGAGGAGGAUCAGAAAAGGCAGAUGAUGAAUGAUAAGAUUGAAGAUUUGGACAAUGACAUCUCUUCACUUAACAACACUAUAAGAAUUGUUGAACAGGAGAUGAGAUCUCAGGAUAUCCCAUUCCUCAAGAAUUAUAAAGACACCAUAAAGAGAACCUGGCGUAUUCCCCAGGACCCAGAGAUGAUAACAGGUUCCCUGCUUGAUGUAGCCAAACAUCUAGGCUCAUUAAAGUUUAAAGUCUGGGAAAGAAUGAUGGAAACCAUUCGAUAUACUCCAGUGACUCUUGAUCCAAACACUGCGGCAAGCUGCUUCCUCCUGUCGGAGGAUCUGACUACAAUACAGUGCUGCUCUCAGACCUUUAAACUCCCAGAAAACCCUGAGCGCUUCGAUAUAGGUGCAGAGGUGCUGGGCUACGAGGGCUUCAGCUCUGGGCGACACAGCUGGGACGUGGAGGUCAAAAACAACACUUACUGGGUCAUUGGAGUUGCAAGCGCAUCCAUCAGCCGGAAGGGAAAGCACGUACUGACCCCUGCAGAGGGAUUCUGGACCAUUAGGCUACGAAACGGAGAGUAUAAGGCCUGUACUGCCCCAUGGUCCCCGCUCACUAUGACUAAGGAGCCGCAGGUGGUGAGAGUCGUAUUGGACAUGAACAGGUCCAGGGUGACUUUCUACGACCCACGAGAGAGAACGCCUCUGUUCACCUUCACGGACAUCAUCACUUCGAGAGCAUUCCCAUACUUCUGCAGCGCCUGUAAGGAGCACCCACUGAAAGUGUUGCCAGCGUGGAUCUCUAUUAAGACAGACUGAGGUGAAGAACGUGCCUCUCAGCGUCUCUUUCCUCAAGUCUCACCUCUCGUGUCAAGCCCGGCUCACACUGAGUGAAUCUGGCCACUAUUUGGUCGUCUUAGACAAAUUUCAAAAAUCCAAAAAAAUUCCUAUAAUCCAAGGCUGAAAUCUGUUGUCUUUGAUUGCUGGUUUGACACGUUCACCGACAGCUGUAUAAUGGCUGUCACGAUUAAAUUUGACCUCGUUUAUGAAAUUCUGGCAGUGCCAGAAGAUUUGGUGCGCACUCCUGCAGUGACCUCUCCUACCUUUCCUAUAGCUGCAUAAACUCAUUCUCUCCUGUCCUCUGCUCACAGAAUUCAAACGAUAUGUUGUCUUUGCUGUGAUAAACCCCGGUGGUGCCACUGUUUUCAUUUCCUAGAGCUCUCUGAUCCAGCCAUAGACAGCAAUGAUCCAGAAACAUUUCAGCCUUAAGUGAAAUGCAGCUUGCGUUCUUGCACACAUUCAUUUUUAAUGCGUCUUGACUGUCAUAAAGUCUGACAUUAAUGACAACUGAGAUCCCACAGUGUGACAUGAUCAUCAUGUUUGUACAUUCUGACAAGUAUCAAUCGUGAAGGACUAUUAAAAAUGGCACAAUGUGGGCCCGGCUUUACACAUGUUGUGUGUGGGUGACUUAAGAAAUAAGAAAUAACCUUUAGUUUCACUUGUUUUGGAUUUUAAACAUCCUGAUAAUUGGUAUAGUAGGCUAAAAACAGUGUGUGAAAUAAAUAGGAUUUAUGAAUUUACAGUCUACACAAGUGCCCAGGUGACCUACCGGCGUGAUUCUGAAGUGUGCAUCCAAUGGACACUUUUCAAUGCCAUAAGGCCACAGGAGAGGAGUUGUGAAUGACAAUGUGACAAAGGUAGUAUGGCCAAAUUACAUUUAUGCUACAUUUUACUUUUUUUCAUGGUCGCAAAGUAAUUACUUAUUCAAAAGUGCCCACUCAGAGAGUAUGUGAAACAGCCAAUGUCUUGCUACUGCUGCCUAACAAAAUCACAUCAGAGAUGACAGGUGAAAGAUAGGUACUCUACCCGCACCUGAACACAGUUUUCCUUUUUUUUUUUGGAUUCUGUAAAAAUCCAUCUUUUGAGUGUUAUUUAUUUAAGUUGAAGAUGAAGAGACAUCGCAAUUUAAUCGUAUUUUGUGAAUUCUUUUGGCCACGAUUAUUGUGUAGCGAAAAUAUUAUAGAUAUUGUGACAGCCAUUAUAAGAAUUAUAUUAUUAAAAUGUGAAUAUCUUUGCAUGUAUUUUUAACAAUUAUUAUAUAUUUUAACAUAUGACCUAAGCACAAUUUUUGUGAGAUUCAGGAAACAGUAAACAUCAACACAAGGAGAUGAAAAUAAGGAGUGCAGUGAAAAUGAUAAAAUAUAUUAUUAAUAUACAUUAAAUAUCAUUUAAAUGUCAGGCUCAGGAUAAUAAAAUUAGAAAAAUGCAGUGAAAAUCUGAAAUUGUAACUGCUCUAAUAAGAAUUAUUUAAUUUAUUUAUUUGGUAAUUAUAUCAUUUAUUUAAGUAUGACCCAUACAUUUAACAAAAAUGUCAUGUUUAUGUCAGGACAUUAGAAUCAGAAAAGAGGAGUCUGUAGUAAAAACGAUUAUUUAUUCUUUUAACCAGUCAGAAGUCUGAAGUAAAUUAAUGUGAUUACAUGGUUUUAGUUUUCAAAACAUCUUUGUUCUCUUGUCAGUGUGAGGCAUUUCAUCUUGUCAUAUCACACAUGAGUAAAUCUUGGAGGAGGUAAAAUCUAAGGCACUUUAUUGUGGCUCUUUACAAUGAUAUUGCUGUAUCUUUCAGCUUUCUAAAAGUCACUUUGGAGUUAGGCAUUUUAACAACAGUUAUGUAGUAAAAAGCUCAAGUCUGUUAAAAUACACUCAUUAUCAUCUUUUCAGGCUCAAAAGGUAUUGAUUUAAGUCUAUAGCAGCGGUGAUGAACUCCAGUCCUGGAGAGUUCAGCUCCAACCCUAAUAAAAACUCACCUGCCUGUAGCGUCCUAGUGAACCUUCAGACCUCGAUGAGCUUGUGCAGGUGUGUUUGAUUAGGGUUAAACCAAAACUCUACAGGACAGACGUUCACCACGCCUGGUCUACAGUGUCCAAACCAGACAGUGGAGUAUUGUAUCUUUCAUCCUGUUGGCUUAAGUGGUUGUGUUUAAAAAAAAA